GAGGAGCCGCCGCGCCGGGCUGGGGAUUGGUCGGCUAAAAAUGCCGCCCUAAUCUCCGAGCUGAUCUUUACCCCCUCCCUCCGCCCCAUCUGCCGCGACCUGCCCGCGAUGCGCAGCGCCGGCCCCGGGAGAGGCUCCGCCGCUGUCCCCGCGGCGCCGAGUGCAUGAGGCUGGUGUUUGCCCAGGAAACCCCCAGCGCCUGCUCUGACGCCCGAGGCAGCGCCGGGAGCCAUGUCGGGUUCCUAUGAUGAGUCGGCAUCGGCCGCCGAGGAAACAACCGACAGCUUCUGGGAGGUGGGGAACUACAAGCGCACGGUGAAGCGGAUCGACGAUGGACACCGGCUCUGCAAUGACCUCAUGAACUGCGUGCACGAGCGGGCCAAGAUCGAGAAGUCCUACGCCCAGCAGCUCACCGACUGGUCCAAGCGGUGGAGGCAGCUCAUCGAGAAAGGUCCCCAGUAUGGCAGCCUGGAGAAGGCGUGGGCCGCGAUCAUGACGGAGGCGGACAAGGUGAGCGAGCUGCACCAGGAGGUGAAGAACAGCCUCCUGAACGACGACUUCGAGAAGGUCAAGAACUGGCAGAAGGACGCCUACCACAAGCAGAUCAUGGGGGGCUUCAAGGAGGCCAAGGAGGCUGAGGAUGGCUUCCGGAAAGCCCAGAAGCCCUGGGCCAAGAAGCUCAAGGAGCUGGAGACAGCCAAGAAAGCCUAUCACCUGGCAUGCAAGGAGGAGAAGCUGGCCAUGACCCGCGAAGCCAACAGCAAGGCGGAUCAGUCCAACACUCCUGAGCAGCAGAAGAAGCUCCAGGACAAAGUGGAAAAGUGCAAGCAAGACGUGCAGAAGACUCAGGAGAAGUACGAGAAGGUGCUGGACGAGCUGAACAAGUGCACCCCGCAGUACAUCGAGAGCAUGGAGCAGGUCUUCGAGCAGUGCCAGCAGUUCGAGGAGAAGAGGCUCAACUUCCUCAAGGAAAUGCUCCUGGACAUCAAGCGGCACCUGAACCUGGCCGAGAGCAGCAGCUACGCCAACGUGUACCGGGAGCUGGAGCAGACCAUCCGCAUGUCGGACGCACAGGAGGACCUCCGGUGGUUCCGCAGCACCAGCGGCCCCGGGAUGCCCAUGAACUGGCCCCAGUUUGAGGAGUGGAACCCGGACCUGACGCACACGAUAACGCGGAAGGAGAAGCAGAAGAAGGGCGAGGGGGUGGCCCUGACCAACGCCAGCAGCGCGGGCGACACGGGGGCUCAGGCGGGCGAGCGCGGGAGCGUGAGCAGCCACGACCGCGGGCAGACCUACAGCGCCGAGUGGUCCGAUGACGAGGGCAGCAACUCCUUCAACACCAGCGAGGCCAACGGCGGCGCCAACCCCUUCGACGAGGAGUCGGCGGGGAAGGGCGUGAGGGUGCGGGCUCUGUACGACUACGACGGGCAGGAGCAGGAUGAGCUCAGCUUCAAAGCAGGUGAUGAACUAACCAAACUCGGUGAGGAAGACGAGCAGGGGUGGUGCAAAGGGCGCUUGGACAACGGGCAGCUGGGGCUGUACCCCGCCAACUACGUGGAGGCAAUCUAAGUCUUGUGGUGUGCUCCUCGUCACCGUCAGCAGAUAAAUCCACCCUCCGUUGUCUCCAUCUCUCCACCAGCCAACCAGCCAUUCUGCCGUCUGGUCCUUCACUCCUCACCCUUAGAGAUUCAGACAUAUUUUCCGACCAAGCUUUUAUUUUUUUAA